CGUCAGCUGACGGAGCAAAUGCAAACAAUAACCUUAAGCGUAGUCUCAGCCAUAUAAAUACAUACCGUAUAAGCUAAUUUGUACAGGUUAAGGAAUUCUGCUUUGUGUACAGUUAGGACGUUAGACAUUCGGACAGCAGUAUUGCGGCCGCUUGUGCCCCCCACCCCACAGAGAAACGUGACGUUAUGUAAGAAGUCGAUUUGAGGCUGCGCGAGAGAAACGUUUGACAACAACAACAGCUGACGGACUCAGAGCGGGUUACCACAGAAACGAAAUAACUACAGUAUUCGACUAAUUCAUAAACGUUUGACUUUGGACGUUAUUUCUGAAAGCACUAAGGACGAUGGCUAAUAGGAAAUGCACGAGAUAUUCCAUGUACUGGGAGGAGACCGAGUGCCUGAGCUACUAUGAGAUGUUGUCCCUUCACGAGAUCUUUGACAUUGUGGGCUCUCAGCUCACCGAGAGCGAUGUUGAGGUUUUGUCCUUUCUGCUCGAUGAAACCUAUCCUGGGAAACAUCCCCUCAGUCCUGAUGGAUGGACUGAGGAGUUACCUCCAGGGCCAGAUGGAAAUCCACAGAGUAAUCCUCCAUGUCCACGGCUUCUUAAGUCAUGGCGAAGGAUACAGCCGCAGAAUGGGGCUUGUCCCGUCGCCUCACGCCACCGACCCAAGAGCGGUGUUGAACUGCUGUUAGAGUUGGAGAGACGAGGAUACAUAAGUGAGGGAAACCUCGAGGCUUUGUUUCAGUUGCUGCGAAUUCUGACACGACAUGACGUCUUACCUUUUGUCUCACAAAAGAGAAGAAGAACAGUAUCUCCAGAGCGAGAGAGAAUUGACUACCCAGAAGUGGAGACCAGAGAGAAUGCACAAAUUUGCUCAAACACAGAGAUAUCAUACUUGGAAAACACACAAGACCAACACUGGAGAACAGGUGCUGGUGCUUCUGCCACCGUGACCACCCCAGCCCGACGGAGGCGUGGCAAAGGCCGCCGCUGGAGUAGAAAAUCCAGAGAUAAGCCUGAAAUUCAGCCACAGCCCACACCCGACAAAGUGACUUGUGAUAUUCGGCUGCGUGUGCGCGCGGAGUAUUCGGAGCACGAGUCGGCUCUUCGUGACGGGGUCUCGUCGGACAAGCAGCAGCCUUUGGAAAGGCAAUUUGAACUGUUCAGCCGAGCGAGCUCCCUGCUACGAGCCCGGGACCUGGGGUCUAUUGUCUGCGAUAUCAAGUUCUCUGAACUUGCCAACCUGGAUGCAUUCUGGGCAGACUACCUGAGUGGGGCAUUGCUGGAGGCGCUGAAAGGGGUCUUCAUCACUGACUCUUUGAAGAGGGCAGCAGGACAGGAGGGGGUCAGGCUGCUUGUCAGCGUGGAUCAGGAUGAUUAUGAGGAGGGCAGGAAAUUGUUGAUCAACAGCCAAACACACAAUGAAACAAACUGGGGGGCAUAAAGGCCCCAAGUAAUGACACAAUCAGCUGAGACCUUCAGCAGUGAUUGAUGAAGAAAAUUGAGUUUUGCCUUUUGAUUUUAUUUCCUGUUGAGUGUUUGUGACUCUCUCUCUAUAUAUAUGGAGGAGAAACUAUUUGCUUCUGGAUAAAACUUGGGAAGCCACCUUGUUGGACACUUACUGUUUCUGAAAGACUGUUAACCAUUUACAGGUUAGUUUCAUAUGUGGAACACGCUACUUCACUCAAAAAUACACAGACCCUCCAUCCUUUUUUCCUUUUUUUUUUUCUUUUUUUUUUAGAAAUUUGACAUACUGUUUCAAAAGAUGGUAUGUUGAUGUACUGUAUAUGUGAUUUUAAACUUGAAUGAACUCUAUGUUCAAGUUGUUUAACCUUCAAAGGGAAAUGUCACUGGAUUCAAAAAAAGAAGAAAGUGGAUGAAUAAUCUGUAGAAAAUAUGUAACUCGAAGUCAAUAAUAUAUAUAUAAAAGAUUUGAUAUUGAAAAAUAAGAUAAUAUGCCACUAAAGUGCUUGCUGCAUUCCCAUUAUAAUGUAUAACCUAUGUUGGAUCAGUGUAGUGUGAGGUGCAGGGGUUAUGCAUUAUUUAGUGCCACUUUAGUACAUUAAAGUUUAGGCUCUGAAUCAGAUGGGAACAAUUUAGUGGACAGAUUUUCACACUCCCCCGUCAGGCUAUUGAAAAGGUUGCGUAACCUGAAUGCUGUAGGGUUGGUCUUUUGUGCUGCAUUGGUGUCAGCGACAAUUGCUUGUAAUUCACUGUUGAAAUGUUGAUUUAAGAGUUGACUUGUUCUGGUCUGUCAAAAUUGCUUGUUCAGACACUGGACAGUAUAUUGAACAUCAGGAGAUUUCACAAGAUAGGGACUAAACUAUUACAAGAAGGACUGUCUGCAGUGUGUAUCACUUUGAGACUGCAUGUGUCCCAACUACAUAAUGACUGUAUUUUCCCCUGUAAAUUCCCAGUUUGAUGAUUUUCAGUUAUAUUAACAGAGCCACCAAAUGCCUUUGUAUUUAUAAUUAACAAAAGGCUGAUUUGACUCCAGUCUUGAUACACAACCAGACAAACCUCUGGUCCAGUUUCUAAAAAUAAUGUGUGCUUAUGAAGAAAAUGUAUUGGUCUUUUUGUUAUGUCUGUAUACCCUUAUAAGACCAAUGUAAAGAAAACUGAAAAUUUGAUGGUGGUACUUGGUGAUUCAGUUUGGAGUCAUGUAAUUCAUAUUAGUGAAUUGAGAGAGGGAAAUGUUUUGUAAACACUUUUGUGUGUUCAUUUUUUUUUCCAAAGUUUUGAUUGUUAUGAUAAAACUUUUUUUGGAAAAUGUACAUGUAUUUAAAUAUAAUUCUUAAUAAAUACUUAAAGUAGU